UAUAUUUUGACUUUCUUUGUUUCUCUCUCCACCCCCGACUUCCAGGAGCACCGUCAGAGCCACAGAGCUAGCAGGGAGCCGCUGCUGGAGAACAUCACCAGUGACUACGACCUCGAGCUGUUCAGGAAAGCGCAGGCACGUGCCUCGGAGGACCUUGAGAAACUUCGUCUGGCCGGCCAGGUGUCAGAGGGCAGCAACAUGAUAAAGACCAUUGUGUUUGGCCGCUACGAGCUCGACACAUGGUACCAUUCUCCAUACCCAGAGGAAUACGCCCGCCUGGGGAGGCUCUACAUGUGCGAGUUCUGCCUUAAGUAUAUGAAGAGCCAGACCAUUCUGCGCAGGCACAUGGCCAAGUGUGUGUGGAAGCACCCUCCAGGCGACGAGAUCUACAGGAAGGGGAACAUCUCUGUCUUUGAGGUGGACGGAAAGAAGAACAAGAUAUACUGUCAAAACUUGUGUCUGCUGGCAAAACUCUUCCUGGAUCACAAGACUCUGUAUUACGAUGUGGAACCUUUUCUCUUCUAUGUCAUGACCGAAGCUGACAACACAGGGUGCCAUCUGGUCGGAUACUUCUCCAAGGAGAAGAACUCAUUCCUGAACUACAAUGUGUCCUGCAUCCUCACCAUGCCACAGUACAUGAGGCAGGGCUACGGCAAGAUGCUCAUAGACUUCAGUUACCUGUUGUCCAAGGUUGAGGAGAAGGUGGGUUCCCCCGAGCGCCCCCUGUCUGCUGGGCUUAUCAGCUACCGCAGUUACUGGAAAGAGGUGCUGCUGCGCUACCUGAACAACUUUCAGGGCAAGGAGAUCUCCAUCAAAGGUCAGAGCAGGAACACAAUCUCCAAAAUGCUGCGAGUGCUGUGCCCUUCAGGAAAGUGCUGUGUGGGUGUGUGUGGGUGGCUGGGCGGUGCAGUACCGCUGUGGUGCUGGUAUCGUGGACUUCUUCUGGUGUCAGAGGUUCGUCCCCAGCACGUGACACACCGUCGGAGUCAGUCUUACCACUGCCUCAUUUCUGGUGUGUGUCGUGUUGCAACGUUGGUGACACAGAACGCCUCAGUCAGGUCACGGAUUUCCGGGCGUCUGGCGGGACUGGCUUGUCCUCCGGUACUGGAACCCUCUUGCAGUGUGAUGCGUGGACCCGCGUCGUCCUCUCGCCCUGCUGUGGGUGACCAGAAGAACCUGGGAGAGACCUUGCCAGUGUUUGGACUGCCAGUUCUUCCUCCUGAAGUUUCUCACGACCACGAAAUCUCCAGGCUGCAGCAUGUGGAGCGGUCCUCCAGCUGGGUGGGGCAAGGCAGCAGAAACCUGGAUUCUUAUGUGCGUCUGCAUUGGGACAGCAAUGCUUCUUUCCGCUGGAACACACUGCGCGCGGUGGUCACUGUGUGGACAGAUGAUUCCGAUAAACUCCCGUGGAAAGGGAGGUGUAAACGUCCCCCUCCACGGUUUCAGUUCCAGUUCAGUCAGCUGGUCACAGUCUAG